AUGAAGGCAGACCCCGCCAAGCUGGCCGACAAGAUGCUGCGGACCCCCAAAUGCUCACGAUGCCGGAACCAUGGCUUCCUGGUACCAGUCAAGGGCCAUGUGGGCAAGUGCCGAUGGAAGCAGUGCACCUGCGAGAAGUGCUACCUGAUCACAGAGCGCCAGAAGAUCAUGGCUGCGCAGAAGGUGCUCAAGAAGCAGGCCCCGGAGGAGGGGCAGGAGGGAGCCAUGAGCGCACGGGGGCCCGAGCUGGCCACUGGGGCUGCGGCCGCCGCCCUGGGCGCAAGCCUUCGCCCGCUGCCUCUGCUUGCCGCUUCGGGGGACAUGGAGCUGGGCCGCGACGGCCGCGUGGUCACUGGAUUCCCCGAGAGGCCCCCGCGUGGCCCAAGCCCCGGCCCGAGCGCCUUCCAGCCAGUCCUGGGCGUCCGCGGCCACGUGGGGCUGAGCAGCCGCCCUGCGUCGGCCAUGCCCAGGUCUGUGGGGCCCUUGCUCGGGGCUGACGCCGCCAACCGGGGAAGCCCAGGCCGCCUGGAGCUGCUCAGGCCUCUGCGGCCCGUGCCCAGCCCGCCGUUCGCCGACUUCGGGCUAUCUCUGAGCAUCAGUUCAGAGUGUGUGGUGGGCUCUGACUUUCUGGAGAGAGAGCCAUCCAAGCUGUACGCCAGCUGCUCCAGCAUGCACUCCUACCGCCCAUUCCCACUGGGCUACCAGGAUGCAUCCUCGACCUCGGGGAUCCCCCUGCAACGUGGCUUCCGGCACGUGUCUUGUAGCCAUUACCAUGGAGGAAGCUUGGUUUCGGAGCCGGUGGGAGACUUCCAGCCAAGCUACUACCCGCCGCCCCCACCGCCGCAGCCGCCGCAGCCCCAGUUCCUCCCACCGGGCUUCCUCUCUGCUCUUCACUUCUUGCCGCCGCCGCCGCCACCGCCACCACCAUCAUCUUUCUCACUGACUGUCCUGUCUGAUACGGACAAGGAGACCACUGAUGACCAGGAUGUGGAGGUGCCGGGGGAGCCCACCCAGCCUUCGUCUCAGGAGCAGUCUGACUAG